CAAUAUUACCAACAGAUAUUUAAUUUUUUUUAUUAGUCUAUAAUAUUUCAUAUCAUAGUAAUUAAGAUAGUUUGCUCGGAAGUUAGAUAUCUUUUUCAAACGCUAGUUAAUGUAUCAGUGUUAUUGGCGAAAUAUAUUAUAUUCACGGUAUCGAACAUUCGAGGUCGCCAGUUUGAAUCCUACACGCGCUAAUAUGUUUUAGCUUAAUUAAUUAUUGUCAUAAUCUGAUUAGGGGCGACAAUAAACAUUAUUUCACAUUCACGAUAAAAAUAAUUAUAUCGUAUGAAAACUAUAUUUAUAAUCAGUUUUCAUUGAAAACAUUAUAAUAUUUUUCUAUUUUCAGAAAGCAGAAACAAUAACACUUUCACUUUUAUUUCCCAUAAGAAAGGGCAGAGGUGUAAAUAUGUUAUGUAAGACUAGCUGACCCAACAAACUUCGUACCACCUCAAACAUUUUUUUUCUCACCAUUUCAAGGCCAAAAUUUGCCAUAUCGGUCCAGCCGCUCCCGAGUUUAACGAGACUAAUGAACAGGAAUUGAUGUUUAUAUAUAGAGAUGCCAUACCAUACCUAUUAUUCAGAAAAUGAAAGUAAAACGCCACAAUAGCUAAAUACAUUCCGGUCUAGUAUCAACUUAUACAAUAGAGGUCAGCUUUACAGGGCGUAGCUAUUGUGUAGGUUGACUUGGUUGACCUUUACGCCAAACGCUACAUAAUAGUAUACAUACUCUUUGCGUAGUCCAGUCUACUGCCUUAUCAAUGUCAUCAAUUGAUCGUGUCAUUUAUUAAAAUCAAUCUUAUCGUUCGCUCGUGCAGUAUUUUCGUUACAUAUUAAAUUAUUUGUCGUGUUUGUUUCACAAUGAUUAUACAACAAUGAUUACUGAUACAAAGGAUGUCGUGAUAUCUGGAGUGCCACACAGAAAAAAUGUAAUACUAGCGGACGCAAAUAUUCCAUACAAGUUCUCAAUAGACCGACAGAAGAAUACUUUGUUUUUCUGUAUAAAUGCGGACGAGUUUUCAGACCAGAGCUUUCAAUCUGUGGUGUUGAAUCUUGACACGGGGUUAGCUUCCAUUGUGCCUGGAAUUCGUAAUGGGUUCGCCAGUGCUGUCGACCAAACAUCUGGUGAAGUUUUCCUCGGAGGAAGUGAUGGUAUAUUCAGAUACAAUUAUUGCACCAGCGACAUCGAUAUACCUGCGCUUGUAAACCAAACAGACAUAUUCGACAUGUAUUUCCACGAUAAUCUGUUCUUCGUAGAUACAGCCAAACAGAACUUGUACGAGUACAAAAAUAAUACGAAGAUUUUGGUCCCGGAGGUAAAGGAAAAUCUAAUUCAGCACUUUGUAAUCGAUGUUAAUAGUGAUUUGUAUUUCAUUAAUCCGACAGGACUGUUUGUAUUAGUGAAGGGGAGUAAAAGACCGGUUCUAGUUCACGGCAACGAAAUUAGCAUCCGUGGCGCUACGACGGAUGCAUUCGGAACACCGUACUUUAUAGCACACAAUGGAAUAUAUUCUAUUAAUAAAAUUGAUAAGCAAUUGUCGUUGGUAUUGCCAGUAAAUAACGGAUACGGACUAGCCUUUGAUAAAAGUAAUAACAUCAUUUACAGUGACGAGCGCUCAGUCAACAUAUUGACUCCUUGCUAAAUCUAUAUACUGUAUAUUAUUAAAUGACAUAGUCUUAAUACAUAAUAUUGUUUUUAAAGUUUCAAUAAAUUAGUAUUUAUAAAAAUGGCAACUGGACCCUAACUUAGCGUAACUAAAAUAGACAUUUAAUCAUCGGCACGAAGUCGAGACACAAUAAUGUGAUUGUGAACGUUUUGAUUCCUGACUCAGUAAGACAGAAUAUUAAGGCUUAGUAAGGCACGUUUAGAAUUUCAAAUAGACUUACUUAUAGCCGGUAGCUUUCACCAAUUAACUAAUUCAUAAAUUUUAAUGUUCCGAGCGUAAUAACUGGUGAUGUAAUUGUUGUAUUCUAACAAAAAUGUGGAAUUGAAUAAUAAAAUAUUCGCAAGGUUGAAAUGA